GGCCUCCUGCCGCCAUGGCUACUCCUCAGCCCGAGAUGGAGCAGCCCGAGAUGGAGCAGCCCGAGAUGGAGCAGCCCGAGAUGGAGCAGCCCGAGAUGGAGCACCCCGAGAUGGUGCAGCCCGAGAUGGAGCACCCCGAGAUGGUGCAGCCCGAGAUGGAGCAGCCCGAGAUGGAGCACCCCGAGAUGGUGCAGCCCGAGAUGGAGCAGCCCGAGAUGGAGCACCCAGAGAUGGGAAUGGCAGCCCGAGAUGGAGCAGCCCGAGAUGGAGCACCCCGAGAUGGUGCAGCCCGAGAUGGAGCAGCCCGAGAUGGAGCCCCGUUACCUGGCCGAGAGCAACGCCGCCAUCAACUCGCAGAUCCAGCUGCAGCUGUAUGCCGCUUACAUCUACCUUUCCAUGGCUUUCUUCUGCAAUCAAGAUGAGGUGGCCCUGGUGAACUUCGCACUCUACUUCCUUUGUCAGUCCCAGAAGUGGAUGGAGAGCACCGAGAAGCUAUUCCACUUCCUGAUCCAGCGCAAUGGCUCCCUCAUCCUUGGAAGAAUUGCCGACCAAGACCACCGCCACGACUGGUGUGAUGGCCUCAUGGCGAUGGAAUGUGCCUUACACCUGGAGAAGACGCUCAACCAGAGCCUCCUGCAGCUGUACCAGCUGGCUAACAGCAAAGGCGAUGCCUGCUUCUGCAGCUUCCUGAAGCACCACUUUCUCCAACAGCAGGUCGAAAUCAUCAAGGAGAUGGGUGGCUACGUGACCAACCUGCGCCAGUUGGGGGCUCCAGGAAAUCGCCUGGCUGAGCACUUCUUCGACAGGCUCACCCUGGGAGAGAGCACCAAGGAGAACUGAACUGGGACUGUCACUGCUACGGUGGGGUCGUCCUCAGAUCACCAGGCAAGGUGCUAACAUACUUCCAGAAGUUUCCCUAGAUUUUCUGUUUAGCACUGUUUGCAAUAAAUUUGUUUCUCAGCAGAGUAA